AUGUCUCACAGGGAGCCUCCAUAUGAACCUCCCUCUGUCUCAGAGCUGCAGGAGUUCCUAUUGACAGACAGACGACCGACUGGGCACGUCAAUCAAGUCUGGCCUAACCUUUACAUAGGCAAUGAGGUGGCAGCUCGCGACAAAGGCACGCUCCACAGUCUGGGCAUAACUCACAUUGUCAAUGCUGCUCAUGGACGCCCCGACCCCACCUCCGGCCUCUGCUUCUGCGUCAACACUGGCCCGCGCUUCUACAGAGACAUGCCGGUGGAUUACUACGGGGUGGAGGCUGAUGAUGCAACAGACUUCAUCUUGAGUCCUUUCUUCUAUCCGACGGCACGAUACAUCCGGGCUGCACUGGCCGCGGGAGGACGGGUGUUUGUACACUGCCUGAUGGGCGUCAGUCGCUCUGCGACCUUAGUGCUGGCCUUCCUGAUGAUAACUGAAGACCUGAGGCUGCAGGAGGCCGUGGCUAUCGUCAGACCGCACAGAGACAUCUGUCCCAACCCGGGCUUCCUGCAGCAGCUCCGCAGCCUCGAUAUGGGCCUGGAGAGGGAGAGGAGGCGAAAAAGACAGACCCCGACGCUGGUUCACUCUGAUGAGCAGGAAGACAGACCAGGCCUGACAGAGCUGAGGGCAAUUAUCUGGACAAACAGGAAGCCAGCGGCUCCAGUCAGUCAGGUCUGGCCAAAUCUUUACAUCGGAGAUGAGUCAGUGGCUCGAGAUAAAAGCACGCUCUCUCUCCUCGGUGUAACUCACAUACUGAAUGCUGCAGCAGGACGACACCGGAUCAACACAGGACAGCUUUUCUACUCUGACCUGGAAGUGGAAUAUCUUGGCGUCGAGGCUUCUGAUCAUCCAGAGUUUAACCUCCAGCCUUACUUCAGCCCUGCUGCACAGUUCAUAGAGAGCGCUUUGAAGAAAAAUGGUCAGUGAGACAACGUAGCAGUAGAAAUACAGUAAUUUGUCAAUGUAAAACAUGCACAUGCAUAGAAAAGAGUAAACUCCACACCAGAAGGCCACAGUAUUUCCAAAACUGGAAUUCAACCACUUCUAUUUGCAGUGAAAGAAUGCUAAACGCCACACCACAAUGCAGCUCAAACCUCUCAUUAAUUACAAAGAUUGUUUUCAUAAUUAAAAUGAGAAAUAUCAAUGUGCAAUGAAUGUGCAAUUGCAUUUAAAAAAUGCUGUUCUGAUGUUUUAAAGUACCCCUUUUAAUCUUUGUAUGAUAUAAUGCAAAUCAGUAUUAAAGUUAAUUCUUCAGUGUCAUAAAAUAUUCUGACCUUUUCAGGGAGAGUGUUGGUUCACUGUGCCAUGGGCGUCAGCCGCUCUGGAGCGCUGGUUUUGGCGUAUCUGAUGAUCAGUCAGGGACUGUCUUUAGUGGAGUCGAUCAUUGCUGUGCGACUGAACCGAGACAUUGCGCCCAACUCCGGAUUUCUGGAGCAGCUGAGAGCGUUAGAGCUGAGCCUCAACCCACCCGACGCUCACAUCCCAGAGGAAAAUCAUGCUGACGCCUCCUGAGGUGGAACAACAUUUGGAAAAUGCCAUUUCACUUGUCAGCUACCUGCUUUAUUUGAAUCCACCUGUUCUCCCGUAAAGAUUAAAACUGACCAACAGAACUGUCCUCUGACAACGCUCGACAUCCAGUACAGUAUUACUGCCUGAACAGCAUUUAGAAAGAUGAAUAAAGUGAAUGUUUCAAGUUUCAUGUGUCCAAAAAUAACUGUGCUGACAAAUGCUCAUGAAUCCUCACACUCGCUCACACAUUCUUCUUAUCACAGUCAUAUCAAGUGUUUUUUAAUUUUUUCAAGGAUCAAAAUUAAGAGUUUCUAAGCAAUGCCUAUUUAAAGGAAAGUAAUUACGGUUUAUUAAAGGACUUAUGUCACAUUAGGAAGGCUGAAAGAAAGCAUUUGUGAGAGUCACGUUGUAGAGGUCAGGUGUUACAGCCCAGCUGCCUAAAAAUACCGUCUUCAAUACAGAGCCUGAGAGAGCAGCGACUAUUCCAGAUCUGUAGUUCAGUCUUGAAGCUUCCCGCUCAGCGGCAGGCCCUCUGUUGAUACAGAUUUCCUGAUACAAAGCACACGGAUGUUCACAAAAAAUUGAAGUCUGUAAUACAGAAAAGCGACUGGCUUAAAUGAGGUAAGUCAUGUCUUUUUGCUAUGCAGUAUAAAAGUAUUUAUUGAU